UUCGAAACCAAGGGAAAGGUUGCCCUGAUCUACUACGUGUGUAGUGGCUCGAUUGAAUGAUGGCCGGUGUCCAGGCCAGGUUGCCACCUUCCCCGUUUUGUGUAGUUACCUCUCCUGUAUAUCAACUACCUCUCUUCGUGUCACAAACUCUUCGCGAACCUUCGCGAGUCAUCGUGAAUCUUCGCGCGAACCUGGUGAGCAUGGUACCCGGCGAGAUCUGCGCCCUGGCAACGUAGCUUAGCACGGUUCGUCGCUACCCCAGUAGCGACCCGAUGCCAUUGCAAGGCCGAGGCAUCGCCAAGAUCCCAAUCGCUUCCGCGGAUCUAGCAGCGUGGGCAUGCACAUGCGUCCGAGCUACGACCGAGCGUCGUCAUCGCAUGGCAGCACCAGCAGCGGCAGCAUGAUGCGUGACGGCGCACCGGCACCUGCAUGCACUACCAGCGACGCUACCGCUGGUGGCGCUGCCAGCGCUAGCGCCGCCGGUGGCAGCAACGGUGCGGAACCACCUUCCACAAGCACAGCUGCACUCAACCUCUCCACAGGCCACAGCAGCAGCAGCAGCGAUGGUCCCAAGGUGCCGUUUCUGUUCCCGUCCACCGCCGCGGGAGGCGCGUCAGCAGCCGAAGCGGCGAGCGCGAUCACGCUGCCCGGCUUGGCCGCAUCGUCAUGGCUUGCUCUCGCGCGCUCCGCCGAUUGCCCCACGUGCGCCACCUGCCACUGCCUGCUGCCGUCCAGAACCCUCGCGGACACCUCGCCUGCCGUCCUGCCGGCCGCGCAGGCCUUCCCGCUGGCAUGCGCCCCCGGCGGAAACCCCCCCAUCACCGCCCCAGCGCCCCCCCCAUGGCUUUCCCCCCUCUCCCUGCCGUUCCGCCUCCCCGACGAAUCCCCCCGUCUCAGCCCCUGCCCGAGCUUCAGCCCUCUGCCGAGCCCCACACCCAGCCUCGGGCCGAGCCACAGCUCCCGGCGUAGCUCGGUGUGGAGUCCGAGCCCGAGCCUGAGUUCGAGCCUGAGCCCGAGAUCGACCAACAGUGCGAGCACGAAUAGCAGCUUCGGCGGGAGCUUCGGGGGAGGCUUGGGGGGCGGGGGGAGCGCAGCGCAGCGCAGGACGGGGAGAGGGUUCCCCGCCGCGCUGGGGGCGCUUUGGCCGCGGAGCAGCAAGGGGGGCAACGCGCAGGAGGCGGCGUGGGAAGUGGUGGUGGCGCGGCUGAGGGGCGGUGCGGGGGAAAACAGCGGCAAUGGAAUCUCUCGGAGUGGUGGGGCGAAUGGACGCGGGGAAGAUGUGAGGCUAGCUGGAGGGAUGGUUCAGGGGGAGCAAGGGGCCGCGGCAGCUGCAGUGACCGAAAGCCUGGUGGACUCGUUGCAAGCGCAUUUCCACAGCCUGCCGUCCUCCUAUGUGACGGCUGCUCUAGCGGUGCCCCCCUGGGAGGUGGUGCUCCACAGGGACCUCCUCGCAUCUGCCGCACGCCUGCCUGCUGGCAAGCCCCCGGUCGCAAUCACGCUGCGCCCACACCAUAGCGGCAGCGCCAAAGGCAGCGCCAGUGACGGCGGCAGUGGCAGCGGCAGUGGCAGCGGCGGUGGCAGCGGCUACAGUGAGUGCUGUAGGUGUGUCAUGGGUGGUGAUGCUGCAGGCAGCUCUGCAGCUGUUGCUGCUGAUGGGGGAUUUGACGCUGGGGUAACUGACGGAGCUUCAAGAAGCACUGGCAGUGCUGGUACCAGUGCUGAUGCCCGUGACAGCGGCAGUGGCAGUGCGACCAGUGCCAGCGUUGGUGCUGCCAGUGGCGGCGUUGGCAUGAGGAGCAACAGCAGCAGCAGCAGCAAUGGCUAUGCCCAGGGGGUGUCAGUGGGCUUGUCGAGCUCCGUGCCUCAGUCCGGGGAGCACGUGGGUAUCGUGGGGGGAGUGGAACCAGUGGGGGGGAAGGCAAGCUCUGGAGAGAUAGCUGUGCUAGGGCUGCUCGGAGGAGCGUUAGGCAGUAGAGAGUCUGCAGGUCUGGCGAGACUGGGUUUCCCAGGUGAUGGAGCAGGUGGGGGGGGAGCAGGGAUGGAAGAAAGCGAGAAACGGAGGAGCAGAGAAGAGCGAGCAGGUGCAGAGAGGCAGGGAGGGGCAGCAGCGCGUGGGGAUGUCUGUGCGGCACGCGGCACAGGGGGAAGCAGCGCAGGGGGUAGCAGCGCAGCAGAAUCCGUGACAUUGCCCAGAAGGGACUGUGCAACAGGAGCAGGAGGAGAAAAAAGCGUAUCCUCAGCAGCAACAGCAGGAGCACAAGGGUCGGGGCAGUGUGCAGCGUCGAUGGUUCAUGUGGACGUGCGGUUUGCCUGCAGGCACCACGUGUGCUACCCUCUGCUGCUCAACGCGCUCUCACGAGCGGUCCAGGGGGGCGAGCUGGAGUCUGCAUCUAGGUUAUCACAGGACGGGCGCGACCAGAUCAAGCAGCAGAACGAACAGAACGAUGGGGGCAGCGGGAACCAAGAGUCGCAGCAGCAGCAGCAGCAGCAGCAGCAGCAGCAGGAGGAGGCAGAGGGUGCUGUGCGUGCGUGGGUGCAGGCGGUGAUGUGCGUUCCUCUGCUCACCUGGACCUCUCGCCCUGCUGGCUGCACGCUUGGCGUGGCGUCCCUGCUGCUGCCAGCGGGCCCCGCAUGGGAGGAGCGGAUCCCCGCUGCUAUCGCUGCUGCCACUGCCUCUGCUGCCGCCUCUGCUCCUGCUGCUGCUGCUGGGCUUGGAGAAGCCGGCGCCGCAGCAGUGGGCGGAGGCGCAGAGACAGCUAGAGCGGAUGAGAAAGAGGCACGAGCGAGUGGUUGGCAGCAGGAUCUGAAUGCAUGCAGCAGAAGCGGCCGAGGUGGCAGCAGCAGCACACGUGGCAUCCGCAGCAGGGGCAGCAGCAGCAGCAGCAGCAGCAGCAGCAUGCGCCUGGGUGUGGGCAUGGGAGGAAUCCGGGGCUCUGCAUCUGCGCUCUCUCUCUCCUCCCUCUGGCGCUGGUCGGGCCAGCAAGGGAGAGGCGCAGGGGGGAACGGCAGAAGAGGCAGCAGCGGGAUAUGGUCGCCGCAAGGGGUGUAUGGGGGGCAGGGGGAUGGCAGCGUUAGCAGCACUUGCAGUGCAGGGAGCGCCCGGGGGGGGUUCAGCUGGGGGAGAGGGGCGUUCUCAGUGUGGGAGGAUGAGGAGGUGCGGGAGGAAGGGAGAGCAGGGGGAGGGAAGGGGGUGGAGUCGUGGAAGGAGGAAGCACCAAAGGACUCUGGCGUGUCCAAUCGUCCUGAGCUCGCUUCUACUGUCCCUGCUGCUGCAGCUGGUGCUGCAGCUGCUGCUGGUACUGCUGUUCCUGGUGCUGCGUCUUCCACUUGUGCUGAGGCUCCCUCCAGUGCUGCUGCGGCCACCUGCAGUUCUCAUGGCGCCAGCAGUCACAGACGGGGGCCACUGUCCUUUGUAGGCAGAGGGGGAUCCGGCUGGUCUCCCCUCACAGCCAGUAGCAGCAGCAGCAACAGAGGCUUCAGUGGUGGCUGGGGUGGGGGGAGUGCCAGCAGCAGUAAGGGGGGGGGCAGUGGCACUUGCAGCAGUGUUAACAGUGGCAGCAGUAGCAGCAACAGCAGUAGCAGCAGCAGCAGCAGCAACAGUCGUGUGGCUGGCAGUACGAGUGGGUUUGAAGCAGCGUGCAGUAGCAACAAGGAAGAGGCAGGAGACGUAUCACAAGGUGCUGCCGCAACUGCUGCAAAGCCAGUGCUAGCAAACGCUAUUGAAACAAGCCCUGCUACCACGCCUUGUGAACAGGCAAUGGCAAUGCCAAUUCCUGCCUGUCUGCUCGCCACGCCAACCCAGAAGUCGCAUGUGUUGUCCAUAGGCUCUCCUGUGGCACACAGGGAACUAGGCCCCAUACAGGGCUGUGCGGGGCCCGAGGGACUAGAGGCAGGGAGAGGGUCGGUGGGAGGCGGCAGUGGUUGUUGGGGAAGGGCUCUGAGAGACACGGUAGAUGAGGGUAGCGAUGGGGAUGGCUUACUAGGGCGUGGUGGCGCGGAGAGAGGGGCUGCUGAUUGUGCAGGCACAGGGACUGGUGGCACACGUGAAGACGGGCAGGGUGGGGGCGAGGGGAGAGGAGGGAAUGGAGGCGGAGAGGAGGUGGGGCGGUUUCAAGUGGCGUGUAGAGCUCCAGGAGAAAUAGCUGAGGGGCCCACGUUAGCUGGUGCAGCAGGAGGGGCAGUAGCAGGAGCAGUUGGGGCAGCAGCAGCAGUAAGAAGAGGAGCAACGAGCGUGGGAGUGCUGGGUGCAUGCCAUGUUGAGGCAGGGGGUACAGAAAGGGCAGGGGGGAAUGGCGGCAGGUGCAAGGGAGGUGAGAGUGCAGCAAGCACGGGAGACCGUGAUUUCGGAGUGCCAUGUGGCAAUGAAGCCACUGGCGCACACACAGCCUCACACACUGCCCGUGCUGGCCUUGCUGCCCUUUCUGCCCCUGCUGCUGGCGACUCCAGCCUGCAGCCGAAUGCACUGUGUCCCAUCGCUCCUUUGCCCACUCCUGUGGCACAAGAGGCUUGCAUGGAUGUUGGGCAACAGGGGCUUGCAGUAGCUUGUUCCUCAGUUGGUUGCACUCCCCUGCCUUUUUCCACUUCGCCCGCGGCUGCGCCUGCGCCUGCAAAUGCUGCUGCUGACGCUGCUGCUGCCGGUACAAUCACCUGCACUAACAUUCCCAUGGCGUCUUCACUUCCAACCAUCCCCUGUUCCACUCCCUCCUCCAACUCUUCAUCCUCCACUUCCUCCUCCUCCUCCUCCUCCUCCGCCACCACCUCCCCCUCUCCAUCUCUCCCUGCCUCCUCGCUCUCCCUCUCCUCCGCCUCACCCCCCCUCUCCAGUCUCCUCCAGCUGCUGCUGUCAGAGCGAGGGCUCAUGAGGGAGCAGCUGGGCCACUUCCUCUUGGACCCCCUGCGCCUGGAGCUGGGCCCACUCAUCGCCCAAGGUGCCUCGGGGGAGGUUCGGAGAGGCCGGUAUGGUGGUGAGCCUGUGGCUGUGAAGAUUCUGAAGGCCGAGGUGAGGAGAGAUGCAGCAGGGGUGGAAAUGGGUGGUGGGAUGGGAGUGGCCGGAGUGGCCGGAGUGGCGGGUGCGGGUGGUGGAAGGGGAGGAGAGAGAGGAAAGGGAGGAAGGAAGUGGGGAGCUGGUGGAAGGCAAAUGCUGGCAGAUUCUGCCAGCAGUAACGCUGGGGGAACAGCAGAUGCUGCUGCUGCCCUUAUUCCCCCUGCUGCUGCCGCCGCUGGUCAUGCCAAGAUCCAACCAAACUUAAUCAAUAGCAACAGUGGCACUGGUGGUGGCGGUGGCGCUGCUGCUGCUGCUGGCAGCGGGUGUGCGUUCUCAACAGCGCGGGCGGAGUUCCGGAGGGAAGUGGUGGCCAUGGUGUCGUGCGGGCGGCGCUGUCCGCAGCUGCUGCGCUUCCACGGCGUGUGCGUGGACGUGCGGCGCCGCAUGUGCAUCGUGACGCGCCUCAUGCCGGGGGGCAACCUGCACGACCUGCUUAGGAGGAGGAAUGGCGUGGGGCUGCCGCUGCCGCAGCUGCUGCGGAUUGCAAUGGAUAUUGCGCUGGGGAUGAGGUUCCUGCACCGCCAUGGGAUCAUCCACCGCGACCUCAAGACAGCCAACGUGCUGCUGGACGAGCAAGGGCGGGCGGUGGUGGGAGACUUUGGCGUGGCGAGGCUGGUGGGCGACGGUGCGGAGAUGACCAAGGAGGUGGGCACGUAUCGCUGGAUGGCGCCUGAGGCGUUCGGCACCACGGGGCAGUGGUCCAUCACCCCCCGGAGCGACGUCUACAGUUUCGGGAUCAUUCUCUGGGAGUUGCUCACUGCACGGUUACCGUACGAGAGCUACUCGCCAUUACAAGCGGCAGUGGCAGUGGCGCUGAACGGGCUGCGGCCGGUUAUCCCCAUGGGGUGCCCCGAGGGGCUCAGGCGGCUGAUCGAGGUGUGCUGGGCCAAGGACCCUGGAGAGAGGCCGGACUCUGAUGCUGUGGCGCGGGCGGUAAGGGGCCUUAGGCGGGAGCUGCUGGGGGAAGAGAGCGUGGGAGAGGAGGAGGGGGAGGAGGAGGUGGUAGGUAGUGAGGAUGGGAGGGGGUUGUGAGUGUGGGGAGAUGAGGAGAGGAUUGCAGCUGGUGUUGGAGAGGGGGGAGGAGGAAGAUGAGAAUGGGUGGGAAGUGGUAUAUGCGAUGUUGACGGUGAGCAACAAGUGGUAGGGAAAGGUAGGGAGGUAGGUUUUGGACACAUCAGAAGGUGGAUGAGAAGGGGGGGUGCUCGUAAGAACGAGAUCGCAAGGGAUGCAUGUGCGCCUGGUUUUUCUGGCGGUCAAUGUUCAAGCUUGGCAGCUGUCUCUGUCGCUGUACUGGAGCUUCUACUACCGCUGAUGACGCUGGUGUCGUAGCCAUCAUGGACGAUGCUCCUCCGCCUGCUCCUCUUCCUGCUCCUCCGCCUGCUCCUCCUGCUCCUCUUCCUGCUCCUCUUCCUGCUCCUCCUCCUGCUCCUCCUGCUCCUCCUCCUGCUCCUACUCCUGCUCCUCCUGCUCCUGCUCCUGCUCCUCCUCCUGCUCCUCCUCCUGCUCCUGCUCCUCCUCCUGCUCCUCCUCCUGCUCCUGCUCCUGCUCCUGCUCCUGCUCCUGCUCCUGCUCCUGCUCCUGCUCCUGCUCCUGCUCCUGCUCCUGCUCCUGCUCCUGCUCCUGCUCCUGCUCCUGCUCCUGCUCCUGCUCCUGCUCCUGCUCCUGCUCCUGCUCCUGCUCCUGCUCCUGCUCCUGCUCCUCCUGCUCCUGCUCCUGCCCCUGCUCCUGCUCCUGAUCCUGCUCCUGUUCCUCCAUUUAUGCUCCUUACACCUGGAUAAGGCUAAAGGUCGGCUACAAAAAUUUCCCACCUGCAUACUGUGCUGGCAAGCAGCCAUACACCUUCAUAUGCUUUUGUUAUAACAUUACCAGAGUCACCUAAAUGUUUAUUUUUUAUAUAU